AUGACUUCCAGCAGAUCCCAAUCUUCACCCGGAAAUGACUAUUCCACCGAAAACAUCAAAAUGAAGAUACCAGGCAUGGAGUUCAUCUAUCGACUGGACUGCGAAAUGGCCAAGGAGAAUCAUCUAGUCGGUGCACCUUUUGGCGGCACGAAUUCGAGAAUGAUCAUGCCGAUUGUAGGAGGGACAGUGAAAGGACCAAAAAUUGAUGGCACGAUUCAACAUAUGAGCGGUGCAGAUUGGGGAACGAUGGUGAAAGGUACAGAUUACAUGCGACUAGACGCUCGUUACACCCUCAAAACGCACGAUGGACAUUAUAUCUACGUCCGGUCAAAAGGCAUAUUCUCUCCCCAGAAAGAGGAUCUCUUUGCGAAAGGAGAGCCGAGUACGAUGGCACAGUCCGAUGUAGAUUGGUUUACGAGGUUACAGUUUGACGCCGGGCCUGGACCAUACGACUGGAUGAAUGGAGUUUUCGGUAUCGGGGUCCUCUCAAUGCACAAGGGCAGGAUCAUAAUCGAUGCGUAUCGUCUGACGAACUUUCCGGGUGAAGCAGCGAAGGAUAUCAGUGCGAAGAUAUGA